GAACGAGAGGGCAGAAGCGAUCGGAAAAUCAUGGCGUUUGGAGUGUAGAUUGACGACACGACAGUUACUUUCUUGCAGCUGUUCGCUUACUGCGUGAUACGUUCCGGGUUUACUUGCGAUUAGACAUUGAUCAUCAACAAAAUUAUAGUACCUAUAUUAAUUCUGUUACAUUCUGUUAUUGACCUUCAACGCAUUGGAGAAGUGAAAUCUUGCAACAUCUAACAAAAGAUAUUGCAUUGUGUGCACUGUGGUUUUAGUGACGUAACUGGAUUUCUCGCAAACUGCCCGCGUGUUUACCGUUAAAGUUCACUUAUGCGUGCCAUCGAAUGUUUGUGAUUGACGCGUGAACAGCAGUCAAGAUGUGGGAGUUGGACUCCGAUUCGGGGUCGCAGAGCGUGUCAUCCGACGGGCUGCGACGUCGGCAAGGAUGGGACCCCGAGGCCGAGAGUUUGGCCUCGCACAUGGACGAGCUGGACGAGGUGCUCGCGGAGGAGGAGGAGGGCUGCCCGUUGCCGUCCACGCCCGAGGACCAACAUCUGCUCGACGCGGAGAUGGCCGAGGUGUUGAAGGCGGGCGUCCUGUCGGACGAGAUCGACCUGGGAGCGCUGGCUCACAACGCCGCGGAGCAGGCGGAGGACUUUGUACGCAAAGUGUGGGAAGCGUCGUGGAACGUGUGCCACUUCCGCCAUCUGCCCCGGUGGCUGCAAGACAACGACUACCUCCACAAGGGCCACCGCCCGCCCCUGCCCUCCUUCAGCGCCUGCUUCGCCUCUAUCUUCCGCAUCCACACUGAGACUGGCAACAUCUGGACCCAUCUCCUCGGUUGCGUUGCGUUUAUCGGCGUCGCUAUCUACUUCAUCUCUCGACCAUCCAUUGAAAUUCAAAUGCAGGAGAAAAUGAUUUUCGGCGUAUUCUUCAUAGGAGCUAUUAUCUGCCUCGGAUGUUCUUUCGCAUACCACACACUCCACUGUCACUCUGAAAUGGUUGGAAAACUGUUUUCAAAGCUCGAUUACUGCGGAAUAGCAUUACUUAUAAUGGGGUCGUUUGUUCCUUGGUUGUAUUACAGUUUCUAUUGCCACUACAGACCAAAGAUUAUAUAUUUAUCUGUAGUGGUUGUUUUAGGAAUUCUUUCUAUAAUAGUGUCCCUCUGGGAUAGAUUCUCAGAGCCUAGACUGCGGCCACUUAGAGCCGGAGUGUUCAUGGGCUUUGGUCUGUCUGGGGUGGUGCCGGCUAUUCACUAUGGGAUUACAGAGGGCUGGUUCACUCAGGUCAGCAAGGCGUCACUGGGUUGGUUAGUUCUGAUGGGUCUGCUUUACAUUCUUGGAGCUAUGUUCUACGCUCUGCGUGUCCCAGAGAGAUGGUUCCCUGGGAAAUGUGACAUCUGGUUCCAGUCCCAUCAGAUCUUCCACGUGCUUGUGAUUGUGGCUGCCUUUGUCCACUACCACGGCAUCAGCGAGUUGGCCUCUUACCGGGUGACCGUCGGAGAGUGCUCCAUGCCCCCCUCUUCCAUAGCUUUUUAGCCCUCCCUUAUAAAUUGUGAUAGUAGACCAUAAAUAAAUUAAGUAGGAAAAUACAUUCAAUAACUACACACAUUAUAUUUUUUUAACAAUGUUGAUUUUGAUUGCAUUUUGAUAUUCAUUUUUAACCACAGUUUUUAAAAGUAAUUAUGUAUUUAAACAAAAUACAAAUAUUUAGAAAAUUAUAAUGAUUGGCUAUUCUAAAGGGCUUUAAACAUAUUUAUUUGUUUCUAAAGUGUUCAUAAUUCUUGUUAUAAUUUGAAUAAGUAGUUUCUAAUGUACUUUUGCACUAAAUAUUGCACAUUUUGUUUCAUUAGUAAGUAGUUUUAGGACUUUUAGGAUAGUUUGCAUUAUGUUUAAUCCUUAGAUCAUUCUUGUACUUAAUAUUCUGUUCUGUACAACCUUUUCUGUUCCUGCACAUAGUCCAGUGAUUGUGAUUGAGAUAAGAAAAUGAACUGACCACAAGACAAGUCCAUGAUUCACACAUUGUACAGUUGUAUUUGUUUACAUCUACACUCUUAGCCCCAUUAAUUUUCAUUUCCAUUAUUCAUUUUGUCCCUUUCUAUCACGCCAAUACAUGGGAAAGGGACAAACGAACUUUAUCAGCUUGAUAACUUUAGUGAACGUUUAUGAUUAGGGGGGUUAAUAAACAAUAAUAUCUGGCUAGUAAGCUCCCUAUUCCUCUUCUGUAGUGGUGAGGAGCAAGACUGCAUUUUGUUCGCCACAUAGCAUCAACUGUUGUCACUCACGCUGAUCUUUUACGAUACUUAGUGUCAUGUUAAGAUACUUUUGUUCUUGUAAUUGUCUAGAUGUAAACAAACUCAACUGUUUAACAUGAUCCUAUUUACUUGACCAUUGAAAUUGAAAAUUGCAUGAUUAGUAAACCAGUUGUGCAAGUUUGCUGAUUUUAAUGCUCUAAUUACUUUGUAUAUCAUUACAGCUAUUUCCAUUUCAUAACUCAUUCUUCAUUGAUUAAUGUCUGCAUAUGUGCAUAGUGUAUUGUAUUGUAGGGACUUUGUUGAAUCUCAUACAUCAGUUAACUGAGACAUGUAUUGGUACUUGACAGUCUCUCUUUAUGAAGCUUAACAAAAAUAACAAAC